AUUUUCUUUCAGAGACUUGCUAAUAAAAACUGUUUUGGUUAUGGCUACUGAUCCAACGUGAUUGGGCGCGCACCGACUCUCAGACUCAUGACUGGGUAUACCAUGUUGCGGAAUGGGGGAGUGGGGAAUGGCGGCCAACCCUGGGUGUUACGAUGGUCCAGUCGGAUCCGGCUCACCUGGCUUAGCUUUACCCUGUUCAUCAUCCUCGUCUUCUUCCCCCUCAUCGCCCACUACUACUUGACCACCAUUGAUGAUGCGGAUGAUGCCGGCAAGCGCAUCUUCGGCCCCCGCACCGGAAAUGAGCUGUGUGAGGUGAAGCAUGUCCAGGACCUGUGCCGCAUCCGUGAGUCAGUCAGCGAGGAGCUGCUCCAGCUGGAGGCCAAACGACAGGAGCUCAACAGCGAGAUCGCCAAGUUGAACCUGAAAAUCGAAGCCUGCAAGAAGAGCAUAGAAAACGCCAAGCAGGAUCUCCUGCAGCUGAAGAAUGUCAUCAGCCAGACUGAGCAUUCCUACAAAGAACUGAUGGCUCAGAACCAGCCAAAGCUCUCCUUGCCAAUCCGGCUGCUGCCAGACAAAGAUGAAGCUAACUUGCCUUUGCCAAAAUCCAACAGGAACUGCAGGCUGCACAACUGCUUUGAUUACUCACGCUGCCCACUGACAUCUGGCUUCCCAGUGUAUGUCUACAACAGUGAUCAGUACCCUUUUGGUAGCUCUUUAGACCCUUUAAUUAAGCAAGCCUUUGAGGCAACUGUCAGAACUAAUGUUUAUGUUACUGAAAAUGCAAACAUUGCUUGUGUGUAUAUAAUUUUAGUGGGGGAAAUGCAAGAGCCCAUAAUGCCAAAACCUACUGAACUAGAGCAACAGUUGCACUCUUUGCCAUAUUGGAGGACUGAUGGACACAACCAUCUCAUCAUUAAUUUAUCGAGGAAAUCGGAAACUCAGAACUUCAUCUAUAACAUCAGCACAGGGCGUGCCAUGAUUGCCCAAUCCACCUUUUAUGAUGUACAGUAUCGGCCAGGUUUUGAUAUGGUGGUAUCGCCUCUAGUCCAUGCAAUGUCCGAACCCAACUUCCUAGAGAUCCCACCCCAGGUGCCAGUAAAGCGAAAGUACCUAUUCAGUUUCCAGGGAGAGAAAAUAGAGUCUCUUCGAUCCAGCUUGCAAGAGGUUCGUUCGUUUGAAGAGGAAAUCGAAGGCAAUGCCCCAGCUGACUAUGAUGAUCGGAUCAUUACCACCUUGAAGGCUGUCCAAGACAGUAAGUUGGACUUUGUCUUGGUGGAAUUUACUUGUAAGAACCAGCCUAAGGCAAGUCUGCCCACUGAGUGGGCCCUUUGUGGAGAAAGGGAUGACAGAUUAGAGCUACUGAAGCUAUCUACUUUUGCACUGAUAAUCACACCAGGGGACACCCAUCUAUUGAUCUCUGCUGGGUGUACCAUGAGACUCUUUGAGGCUCUGGAAGUCGGAGCCAUCCCAGUGAUUCUUGGAGAGCAAGUUCAGCUGCCCUAUCAUGAUGUGAUCCGGUGGAACGAGGCAGCCUUAAUCAUACCAAAGCCACGUAUCACAGAAGUGCACUUUCUUCUGAGAAGCAUUUCUGACAACGAUCUCCUUACCAUGAGGAGGCAGGGCCGCUUCUUGUGGGAGACCUACUUCUCCACCUCUGACAACGUGUUCAGCACAGUCUUAGCCAUCAUAAGGACUCGAAUUCAAAUCCCGGCUGCUCCUAUUCGAGAAGAAACUGCAGUGGAGAUUCCUCACCGCUCUGGCAAAGCUGCUGGUACUGACCCCAACAUGGCAGACAAUGGUGACUUAGACCUGGGGCCUGUGGAAACAGAACCACCUUACGCAUCUCCCAAAUACCUUCGCAAUUUUACUCUCACAGCAAUGGAUAUCUACAGGAAUUGGAAUUCAGCUCCAGGGCCUUUCCACCUCUUUCCACACACACCCUUUGAUCCCGUUUUACCUUCAGAAGCUAAGUUCCUUGGGUCUGGGACUGGAUUUCGACCAAUUGGAGGAGGAGCAGGUGGUUCUGGGAAAGAGUUCCAAGCUGCCUUGGGUGGCAAUGUCCCAAGGGAGCAGUUCACAGUAGUCAUGUUAACCUACGAGCGGGAGGAAGUGUUAAUGAACUCCCUAGAGAGACUCAAUGGACUCCCUUACUUAAAUAAAGUUGUAGUAGUGUGGAACUCCCCCAAACUUCCGUCCGAAGACCUCUUGUGGCCAGACAUUGGUGUCCCAAUCAUGGUUGUCCGCACAGAAAAGAACAGUCUGAACAACAGGUUCCUGCCAUGGGAUGAGAUCGAGACAGAGGCCAUUCUGUCUAUCGACGACGAUGCCCACCUUCGCCAUGACGAGAUCAUGUUUGGGUUCCGAGUCUGGAGAGAGGCAAGGGACCGCAUUGUUGGAUUCCCUGGGCGAUACCAUGCGUGGGACAUCCCCCAUCAGUCCUGGCUCUAUAACUCGAACUACUCUUGUGAACUGUCCAUGGUGCUGACUGGUGCUGCCUUCUUUCAUAAGUACUACGCCUACCUGUAUUCUUACGUGAUGCCACAAGCCAUCCGUGACAUGGUAGAUGAAUACAUCAACUGUGAGGAUAUUGCCAUGAACUUUCUAGUCUCUCACAUCACAAGGAAACCACCCAUCAAGGUGACCUCGCGCUGGACCUUCCGCUGCCCUGGCUGCCCUCAGGCCCUUUCGCAUGAUGACUCGCACUUCCACGAGCGGCACAAGUGCAUCAACUUCUUCGUUAAGGUGUACGGGUACAUGCCCCUCCUGUACACCCAGUUUCGUGUGGAUUCUGUCCUCUUCAAGACCCGCCUGCCCCAUGACAAGACUAAAUGCUUCAAAUUCAUUUAG